AUGAAUCCGACUUCUUACUUCGGCCGCGCCGAGAGCGAUGGCCGUCGCCUCGGCGCGGAUUUCGACCUGCUCGCGAAAUGGACGAAAGCCUGUUCCGUCGACCCGCCGAUUCACUCUUACUACCUGACCCAACUCUCACCAGAAGAUCGUGCUCAGCUCUUCACAGGCCCCGCCCAGGAUUUCCGAUUGGAGCAAGGCCCUGACAACACCGUGAAGCUCGAGACACUUGAGGAUGAAGUUUCCCGCCUGGACCCGGCGAUCAUCGAGAUGAUAAAGUCAAAAAAUUACCAGAGGUCCGAAGCUCGCCACCUCGAGCUCCUGAACGAGAUUGAAGAUGCCCAGGACGAGGCAGGUGGCGCCCAUGCUAUGGCCUUAGCCCAUGCGCUUAUGCAGGGGAUGGAUGGCCCUCCUGCUGAGGAGCUUGCUGAUAAAGUUUCCGAGCGGAUUCUUGAUGCCGCGGGUGCCAAAGUUUGGGCCCGCUGGAGGAGUGCCCGGGAUGAGCGUCUGAGGACACCGGACAAUCAGAACCACACGUCGCCCGACCCAGCCAGCCCCGAGCCUCAGCAUAUUUCCGUCACCACACUGCUUGACGGUACAGAAACAAGCGAUAGCAGCGAUGCAACCCCGGGCCGCCGCAGCGCCACCAAGAAGAAGCGAAAGCAAGGUGUAGCAGUUCGUACCAGUUUUUCGCCUAGUCCGAUUGAGACUACCCAUUCGAAUCAAAUCCAUGGCACCAAGAUUCACCGCAACGGCUACGCCGCCCCUGGGCCCCCGCAGCUUCAAUUUGGAGCCAAUCUCAACACACCUCAGCAAAAGUUGGCCUCGUCAAUUUUCUCGCCUUCGAGGACUGUUCCCGAUUACGGAAGUGAGACGUCCACCGAGUCCACUACUCAUUGGAAUAGUCCGACCUAUUCGGCCAAUGACAGCCCGUCUUCUCCGGAUUUAGACUCCGAGGUCGAUUUUCUGGGUGAGGCCGAUGGAGGUGUAGCGUUGCUACCCAUGAGCCUCAGCGAGGAGCUGGGUCUCUACGACUCCUCCAAUUCAGCGACUCCCACCCCUGCGUCGCGGGUCACACACAGCCCCUUCGCUCAGACUUCCGAAGGCCUUCUUGGUGCCGGUUUGAAACAAGCCUUCUUCAAUGUACCCACCAACAUCAACAGCAUCUUGAUGAAUAACUUUGUUCUUACAUCUAACCCUGCUGCGGUCACGGACCCAUUUAUUACUCCCCAGGUUGUUCAUGAACCUGCCACAGAGCAGAGCGACCGGGAGACCUCGAGUCCGUUCUCGCCAAACUCGAAGGCCGCCGCCAAAUAUGCGGUCGCAUCCGAGCAGCCUUGGAUGGGUUUCACAUGCUACGAAGUUCCGACUCGGCUUAGCAACGAUCAGCUUGCCCCCAAGUACUGGACUACGAAGCGUGGGAAGGAGCGCUACAUUCGUCACAAGCUUGGUGAAUUGAAGCUCGAUGACGCCAAGCUGCUCUCUGACCGAGGUACCGGUUCUGUCGCGCGCAACCCUGUCCAUGUGUUCGUCGAUAUGUCGAACAUCAUCAUUGGCUUUUACGACACGAUGAAGGAGGCCCGCGGCAUGUCCAUCAACAAACGUGUCAUGGCUCCUGCAUUUUCGUUCAAGAACUUCCACACGAUUCUCACUCGCGACCGAAAUGUCGCGAAGAAGGUCGUUGCUGGUUCUGUGGCCAACUCCUACAACAAGCCUUGGCCCGAGUAUAUGGUUCGGGCCGAGGAGUUGGGGUAUGAAAUGAAUAUUUUGGAGCGCGUCCCGAAGCCGUCUUCGCCUAUUCGCAAGCGCAAGACGAAGUCUGGGGUUCGGGAAAUGGAUGCGCCUACGUCUGGGGCUGACACCUCGGGCGAGGACUGUUUCGCGAAGCCAGCAAAGGGCGGCCCGGUCAAGCACGGAGAACAGGGUGUGGACGAAUUGCUCCACCUCAAGAUCCUUCAGAGCGCCAUGGACACCCAGAAACCCGCCACAAUGGUUCUCGCCACUGGCGAUGCUGCCUCUGCGCAGUACUCGGACGGCUUCAAGAAGAACAUCGAGCGUGUUUUGGACCAUGGCUGGAACAUUGAGCUUUAUGGCUGGAGUCGGAAUAUCUCGUCGGCUUGGCGGGAGCCUGAGUUUUCGGAGGCCUGGGGCCACAAGUUCAAGAUCAUCGAGCUGGAUGAGUAUUGCGAGGAACUUUUUGACAUGACCAUCGAGUCAUUGGAGGCUUAG